AUUUUGUUGCGUCGCAAGGUCCUCUGAAGAUUCAUGGCGUCCGAUCAGGCCACCGAGCCCGAGCCCGAGCCGACCGAGGACAGCAAGGGCCGCCCCUUCAUGUCCAUGGCUGACGUGGAGAGCCACAACACCCAGGAAGACGUCUGGAUGGUGAUCCACGACAAGGUGUACAAUGUCACCAAGUACCUGGACGAUCACCCUGGCGGCGAGGAGGUGCUCAUGGACAGGGCGGGCCAGAAUGCGACGGAGGACUUCGAGGAUGUGGGCCACUCGAGGGACGCGCGCAAGCAGCUGGACAAAUUCGAGGUGGGCGAGCUCGCGCCGAGCGAACGCGUGGGGAGCACCAGCAAGGGUGGCGGCGGCGGCAGCGGCGAGGGCGGCGGCGCGAUGCCGCUCAUCCUCGUGUCGGUGCUGGUCGCGGUGGUGGGCGCGGCAUACUUUUAUUACUCGCAGGAGACGGCGGCCGCCAGCGCCGCCGCCGCCUAGUGCGAGUGAUAAAAUUAUGGAUGUCGCGCCGCCACCACGGCUUCAAUGGCACAGACAGGUGUACGUCUCGCUCGGGCGGCAUCGAUCGCGACAGGGUUGCCCUCUUGGGCCCCGGCGGACACUGCGCCAGCUCCGAGCUUGACUUCCCGGCGGCACACCGCCAGCUCGGAGAACAACCUACAACGUCAGCCAAGCGGCGUGUGUGUGUGAAGCGCUUCUUGUUUCAUGUAUCAACCUAUCUGUAGAAA